GAGCAUGGCCGCAGGAGCCAGAUCGCUGACUUGGUUUGGUUCCUCCACAUUGAUAACACCGCUUCUAGAGCCGGUCGUCAGGGGACAUUUAACCCGGAGAUUGUGUGCGUUUACGCGCGGCGGAGCUUUGAUUUACUGAGUGCGUUGCUGUUCGACAGGGCAGAGGCGCACGGGCAGCUGCGGGCUCAGCGGAGCUGUCUGAAGGUUUCUUUUUGGCGUCUUGGUGAUUCAAAGCGAACAGGAGGAGAGAUCCUGAGCCGGAGAGAGCGGCGGCACAAGGACUGCGUUUCUGCUUGCUUUAUCUUUGCAUUGUGGAACAUUUAUUCUCAGAUUUUCUUUUUUUUCCCAGUUCGUACGCAACGUUGCGAUCCUCUCUGGGAAAUUCAAUGUGAGUUGGAGAAACUGUUCGCUGCUCGGAGCGGAGUUGAUCCGGUGGGAGAGUGUUCGUAGCGCAGGCAGAAUUGUUGUGGAUUUUCAACAUCAAUUCACUUCUUUAAGUAGAACUGGUUUUCAUUCAAGAGUGAGCGGUUGGUGUAAAGCAAUCUAUCUGACUGACAAGAAACCGCUGUUUUCACUGAAGAAAGACAUUUAAGCUUUAAUUUUGUAAUUGAUACCGAGGAGAGAGCAACGUCUGUGCGGGAAAGCGUGAAGUUCACUCUCAUCCCUUCUCAUCCCCACACUUCACCACCGCCUCCAUCAGAAUCUUUAAACCUGAACCAGAGGAGGGACUGUAAUCAGUUUGGCUUCGUCGGGGUUGCAGAGCAAAUAUGCCGCAGGUGGAAAUGAUCCUCUUCCUCAUCCUCAUCAUUGGGAUGUGUGUGUACGGCCAGGACCCGGCUUCCAAGGUGGUGUCCGACCGCUACGCCGUCUACUGGAACCGGACCAACCCCAGGUUUUACCGGGGCGAUUACCACAUCGAUGUCUGCAUCAACGACUACCUUGACGUCUACUGUCCACACUACAUUGGCCCGGUCUCUGACGAGCGGGCCGAGCGCUAUGUCCUCUACAUGGUGAACUACGACGGCUACAGCUCUUGCGACCACACUGCCAAGGGCUUCAAACGCUGGGAGUGCAACAGGCCUCUGUCACCAAAUGGACCGCUGAAGUUCUCAGAGAAGUUCCAGCUCUUUACUCCCUUCUCCUUAGGCUUCGAGUUUCGCCCUGGCAGAGAGUAUUAUUAUAUCUCCUCUAUCACUGACGACAAGGGAAGAAGGAGCUGCCUUCGACUCAAAGUCUUCGUCAGGCCUCAAAACAAUUGUGUGAAAAACUCUGGGAGCGUGCAGGAAGGGGUCGAUUUUGACGAGAACAGUCACAACUCCCUAGAACCCAGAGACGGCAUUGGUCACGAGUCGCCGGAGCCGGCUCGAAGGGAUGUGAACUCCGUUGAUCGGCGCCAGACUUCAGUCCUCCUGCUCAGCUCUGCCCUCAUACUCUUGGCUGCCAUCUUGUCUUUAUAGCGCCCGGUCUGAAGAAUCCUCCAGGAAUUAACUGUCCUGAUUGGACCACAGGCCGCCAUACCCUGCAACCCCUCCCCUCAAGGAGCACUUUUAAAAAAAAAGAAAAAAAAAAAACACUGACAAUCUCUCUAGGUUAAAAGAGAGAGGAAGGGACUUCAACACUGAAGCCGUUGUUGUUUUUUGACUUGCCAACUAGUGUGAUUCUUGACUCGCUGGUGGGUGCUGAUGGUUAAGGCGCCUCGAGGUGACAGAGGCGGAGUCUCUUACCUAUUUGCCUCGCUACCGUUCACAGUAUGCAGAUUUUAAACAUUUCUUUGUGUUAAAGACAAGCACACAUACAUGCUUUUAAAGAUCUACACACACACACACACGCAGAACACAAACUACACAAUCAGUAUAAUCUUUAGCUUGAAUGGCAAAGAAGCACAGCAGGAUCCCUCAAGGGUUUACAGACUUUUACAAUUUUUUGUGUUCAGGAAAGCAUCACAUAACCCCCGAUAUGUAACAUGAUUAAACCUCACGUUUAAGUGGAAGAGGUUUCAAAAACGAUCCGGGAGCCACACAUCACAUAUGGGCCGAUGGAAAACAAGAAGGAUGUUGUUUCUAGGAGACUGUUGCCAAGGGUGCCAAGGAUGUAUGGUCUCAGACUGUGGACGACCCUUGUUGAGAGUAAAAAAUUAACAGAAACACUCUUCUUUUAGUGUUUGGAUAGGGGCGAUUUAAUGAUUGAUUAAUGUAUUUGGUUUUUUUAAUACGUACACGUAAUUCAAUUGUAGCAGCCAACACGGGUGUACAGUAAAAUAUUUGAAUGGAGCGUAGAAGUCAGUAUGGUAUUUUGCCAGGCAAAAAUGUAUUUUCAUAUUUAUUGUGAAGUCCGUGUGUUUUCUGUUCUGGUUUAGUCUGUAAGUACAGUAGAAAGGCAAUAAAAAGCAACUAUACUUACCCAUUACGUUAGUUCAUAUUAGGCACAGUUAAUUUGAUACAAUCAUACAGAAACACUGAGAACAGUUUAUGUAUCUGCUUUGAUUGAUUGCUGGUUUUUUUAAUUGUUUUUAACAAAGUCCAGGAAGAAAAAAAAAGUCUGAUGUGCUAUCAGGGUGUAGAAAUUGUAGAAUAUUUGUGUUUUCGAAUUUGUCAUUAAAAAUGUCACAAAUGUAGUUUUACUAUUACACUAUUGCUUUUGUGAAUCACUGUCAUAACUAUUGUCAUAACUAUUGUACAUAGAGGCAGAUUUCCUACAACGUUCAGGGACGUGUCCAUACAUUAAACACACAACAUGAGGUGGCGUUUCAGUGAGACAGUGACUGGGUUACAGAGCAGGUGGUAGUAGCGUGUGUGGGGCAAGGGGUUGUGUGUGAUUCACUUUCCCUCUUUGAUGUCGUGUAAAGUGGCAUCUGUACAGAAAAUACACCAGGGGCACCCUCGUACCGGUUAUUUCUGGAAUGAAAAAUCGACCACCAGGAGAGAUGGAAUAAACAGAGCGAGGUGUCCUGUUCUCUCGGGCAAACUGAAACUCUACCACCAGUGGCCCUGAGAGGGGAAAGAGAAGGAGAGCGAGAUGUGAAGUUUUGUAGUGCUCCCGCUGAGAUCAAUAAUCAUGUUUUAAAGCAGAAACGCGCGGUAAACAUAUCUUUUCCACUAGCCUUUUGCCGAUUGGCACAAAUCCAAAGACCCUACUGACAACUGAAGAGGCGACGGACAUUUUUUUGCCCCUGACAAUAUUAAGGAAUUAAAUUGUUCUACAUAAUAGAAUCACAAAUCUGCUCCCUACUCUGCAUUUACAAGAGAUGGGGUGGGGUUGCAUGUCUGCAUGUAGUGAUGAUCACUGUUAAUCAGCACAAAUGACUGAAUGAAAACAACUGCUCACCAAAGCUUUGCUCUGCACACAAAUGCCCAUAGGAUUUGGCUCUGUCGCGGCUGACAAUCCACUGCCAUUGUGUCUGUGUGCAUGCUGUGAGCUAUUUUGAAAACUCUUUUCCCCUCUAUCUUUAUCCGCUGGGUCUAUUUUUCCUGAACUGGCCCGCAUCUCUGAAGCCUGAAAUUCACUUGUGAAUGUAUAAAAAAAAUAAUUUUUAAUUAUGCAUUUCAUUUGUUGCUCAAUUUGUCAGAAGUCAUAUAGAGCAAAACUAGUUUUCAUGUUUGCAAUUAAUGAAACCAUCUGCCACUUUAGGCAAUCCCUGGUAAUGACAAUAGGACGAUAUGAAAAUACAGAUGAGUGCCCAAUCUUUUUUUCCAUCCGUUACUCUCAGUAGCACUGAUACCCUUCACAUUCACUCACUGCCAAGUGAAACCACAGCCCUGACCUGUAGCACCUGAUCACUGGACUGGUACAACAGGGCCUCUUGGGGAAAUUAAAAAGCUGAAAGGACAUUAAAGUUGUCAUUUUGAGAAAAAAGUAUAUAAAAGUAUGAUGAACUUGAGAACUCACCACUCUACAACUUAACAAAACACAAGCAAAUUAAGAAAACAUCUUCACAUUUAGACAAAAUGCUGCAAAGUGAGAAAACACAACCAAAUAAAGAUAAGCUGAAAGUAGCACAGAGAACAAUGGAAAGCAUUUUAAAGAGUUAAUUAAAGAGUUUUAAUUUCAGGAGAAGAAAAUAAGGUAAUGUUAGAGUAAAUUAGAAUUUCAGAGGAAAGUCAUAAUUUUACAAUAAUAAUGAUAAUACAAGAAAAAAGUUGUAAAGUUACAAGAAAAAGUCAUAUUAUAGGAAAAUAAUUGUAAUUUUAUCAGAAAAAGUCAAAACGUAGUGUCAAUAAAGUCGUGAAUUUAUUAAAAAGUCAUAAUGACAAUAAAGUUUUCAUUUUACAAGAAAAAAGUAAUUUGCUUAAAAAGUCAACAGACAGACAGAUUAAAAAAGAAGGUCCAAAGUAACAGAGGCUGAUAUAUGCUGUGUUUUAUUCUCAAGUACAGGUUAACCCCCAAAUUCUGGAGCCUACAAAUACAACCAUAAUGCAGUUCAAUAGUGUCUUUUGUUAGACUGUACCUGCCUGGUAAAUGCCCACGUCUUUCAAACUCCACAACAAAGGCUUCCUGUUAUAAAUGAUGACAUCAUCAGGGUUAUGUUUUAGGACUUUAUAAAAAGGUUCUUAUAAAAAACUACUUUCUGUGAUGAGUAAACUGAGGUUGAUAUGUAUAGCUGGUGCCCCUGUAAAUAGACAUUUAGUCAAAUUACAGAAUUCUGUAAUGAUAUUUAUUUAUUUCAAACUAGUAGCAUUAUUAGCUUUGCCACUUAAUGCUCGUGUUGUUUCUCACAUGAAUUCAUUCCUUUAAAUCACUAAAUUUUUAUUACAUAAUCUCAGAUUACUUCAGUUGCUCUUCUCUCUUAAACCUGACUUAGCUCAGUACACUCUUCAAUUGAGGGCACAAAUGAGUGUUUUAUCAAAGAUGAUUUCCUCCUCACACCUACCAGCACCUCCAUGCAUUGCAAGUUAGGCCAACAUUAGGAGUCCUCUGUCACUGUAAUCAUUGCCUCUAGCCAUGCCACGAUGAAAAAAACCAAUCAGUUAGUUCUGUGGAUACUGUGUAUCCAUCAAUUAGUCUGUUGUAACAUACAGUGUAAGAUAAUUCUCUUGUUUUCUCGCCUCUUUUGAAGGGUGAUUUAACUGACACAUUGUUGUUAGCAAGAAAAGAAAUUCAGUGUUUGAUAUAAAAAAUGCUUUGUUUCAUUUUAUAUGUCUUUUAUAUGAAACAGGAUCAACAUUGCACCCUCUAUCUGUAAAUGUGUGUGCACAAACACGGCACAUAUCAAACAUGCAGUACGGUCGGGUUACAAUCAUGAAUCAAAGGGCCUGAAGAAAGAACAGAUGGAUCUGUUUUCCCUCCUUUUCUUUUUCAGAACCGCUCUUUUGUAUUGUUGCAUCCAAUGUGUCUUUAAGGUGCAGGAUGUUCUUUGUUUCAGUUUGUGGUCUUUUGCUAACAUUCACCUCCAGCUGUUUCCGAGCCAAACUGCGGUUCAGAUGGCCGCCGUGACAACUAUGUUGCAGGAUUCAAGAGGUGCAAUUGACUUUUAUUGGUGUAGAAGCUCAAUGUAUUUGUGUGUGGCAGCAGGAGAAGGUCUGUUUUCCACCUCGAAUUUUGAUGUUUCAUGUUUUUACUGAGCAAACCGCGCUACAAGGACUUCUUCUUCACCUGAUUUUGGUACUAAAGCUAACACUGUGUCCCUGGUUUGCAGCAUCUGUUCUCCAUCCUCUGUAUCUUCUAAAAGGAUGUGUGAUUUUGUCAGUGCAUCUAGAAUUGGGAAGGUUUUUGUUACUGUAGCCAUAGCUAUGCUUUUCUUUCCCAAAUUAGACAUGGAUGUGCCACAAAACUGCACAUUUCUUUUACCAUUGUAGUAACUGUACCUUGUGCCUAUUUGAGUCCCAUUCUCUCCUGUACUCAUCUAAACUGUCUGUUUCCUGCUCAAUCGCUCACUAGAAUUUUCUACAAAAAAGGCCAUUUCUUUGUAAAUACACAUGUUGGAGCAGCUAUGACUAACUAAAACAAACAAGAAAAAAAGAUUUAAUAAAUUUCUUUGUCGUUGUA